CGGUUUAUGAGGGUGUGGUUUUUCAGAAAGUAAUUUCGUCAGUAUUUUGUGCCUCGGUAUUCUUCUCUCGAAACCAACAGGUUAUAGGCUACUACUGUGUUAACCUAUUGAAACAAUUUCACCAGCAUGUGAAACAACGAGCAAUCUAAACUUGACUAGAAACAGUUACAUGGUGACUCUUCUGAAAGGCUUGACGGACAGUUUGCAGUCAGACGUCCAACCCAAAGUUUCCCGUAGCCAAGAUAAAUACCAUAUUUCUUCUCUGUCCUCUGCUGCUAACCACCGCCUACUUACUUGCCAUUGGACAACUCCUGUUCAUAUUGGACACACAUCUGUUGCAUUCCAGUAUAUGAGUGGAUGACAAGGCCGACACCGGUCGUGGAGGCGUGACGACCGAUGACUUUCGGAGGGGCACAGGGACCGAGACAGUCGGACGAUCAUCACAUCUUGAAGGUGAAAGAACCUGCCGACUGUCCUGCUGCGCUGCGUCUCCAGGAGCCGUCUGGUGUAGUCUAAUAAAGUAGGUCUACAGCAGCAGCCUUGAAGAGGAAGAACCACAUGCAUUGUUGCCAGUCUCCUGAAGCUGUCCAGUCAGCAACAACAACAGUCCCCCCAUCAAACUAUCCCUCAUGGCAACGAUCGCUAUGGAGCGGAUUGGGCGUCUGUUCAUCAACCUCCAGCAGGUAAGGGCGUUGCCCCAGAUGCUGACAGAGGCCGCCCCCUCCAUGCCAGGCACGCUACGGGACACCGAAGUUCCCGGAUUCUUCAGAGAGCGCUACAUCCACGCCGGCUACCGACCGCUCCACCAGGGCUGGAGGUACUACUUCCUGUCGCUGUUCCAGCGUCACAACGAGACCAUCAACGUGUGGACCCACCUGCUAGGGUCUCUCCUGGUCCUGGUCAAGUUCCUACAGCUAGCUGAGACGGUGGACUUCAUCGAUGACGCCCACGCCUGGCCCCUCCUCAUUCUCCUGCUGUCCUCCCUGGCCUACAUGGCCUGCAGCACUGUAGCCCACCUCCUGGCCGCCAAAUCAGAGUUCUACCACUACUGCUUCUUCUUCCUGGAUUAUGUAGGAGUGGCUCAGUAUCAGUACGGCAGCGCCAUGGCUCACUUCUACUAUGCUGUGGAACCAAACUACCACCAGUGGGUCUCCCCAGUCUUCAUGCCCACUGCCACCUUCCUCUGCUGCCUGUCCUGCCUAGGCUGCUGCUAUGGGAAGUAUCGCAACUACAGCCUGCGGGUCUGGGUCCGGAAGGUGGGCCAGGUGAUUCCCUCGGCUAUGGCCUAUGCCUGGGAUACUAGUCCAGUGUUCCAUCGCCUCCUCCAGUCCCUCUGGACCACGUCGCACAGUGAUGACAUCGCUGCCCCCGCCAGUGGCAUAGUCGGCGACCCGGCUAUAUCCUUCCAUGGGAGCCAGGUAGCCUUCUUCCUGUCCAGUGCGUUCUUCUUCACCAACCCUCUCCCAGAGCGUCUGUUCCCAGGCCACUGUGACUUCCUGGGGCAGGGCCACCAGCUGUUCCACUUCUUCCUGGUUAUCUGUACUCUAUGUCAGAUCCAGGCCUCUCACCUGGACUACCUGGGCCGACGGCCACUCUACACACAGCUACACGGAGAGGGAGCAUCCACUGUCUAUCUGGUGCAGUAUGGAGCCACGCUGGUGGCCUGUGUCUGCAUAGCAGUCUUCAUUGCAAGGAAAGUAAAACGGUUGCUUAACUGCAGAGACAAGUCCAAGUGAACUGGGUAGGUCACUGUGUAGGAGACUUACAAUCACUUCCCUGUGGGCAAAACUGGUUGAAAUUAGUUGACGUUAUUAUAGCCAAAAACUUUUGCCCAGUUUUGCCCGCUGGGUUGGUACCAAAGUGAUCAAUGUGGCCUUGUUCGUCUCGACACACACUGCCUUCCUUAGCCUGCUCGAGUUUGCUUCUAUAAAAUGUUUCUCUACAGCACCUGUGUCCUUGACGAUGACAGAAGUAUUCCUAUAGCAGUAUGUCUAAUCAUGUCUCAAUGCUUUUGUUACACUUGUGCUAGUUUUGUUCCAUUAUGUUUUUUUUGUUGUUUUUUAUACAACAACGUAUGUCUAACUACUGCCAAGAAACAUUGUGAUAUGAGUCCUUGUCAGCACUCAAACAAUGAAAUGAAUUGAUCUUAAAGGGAUAGUUUAUUCACUUUCAAAGUAGUAUUAUGUUGGAAAAGGAAGCAUACUGUGUAGUGGGUGUGGUUCUGAAUAUCAACAAUACUGCUAACUAUGCUUUUUAUAGGAGUUUCACAUUUUAAUGCCAGGCCGAUCAAUCUAUCCAUGUCUAGAGCACUUUUAUAGGUAGACAAAUUGACCCACAUUGCACUUUUUCACCUAUGAGAGUAUAAACUGAGUAUUUCUCAUGUGGGGUCACAAAUCAAGCCUGUACUGGACCAAUUGCUGAGAAAGUGUAUUAAUGAAUCCGUCAAUGUAAACCUUAUGUAAGAUUAGACCUGCAUGUACAGUGGCAAGAAAAGUAGGUGAACCCUUUGGAAUUACCUGGAUUUCAAUGUGAUCUUCAUCUAAGUCACAACAAUAGACAAACACAGUCUGCUUAAACUAACACACAAAUUAUUGUAUUUUUCUUGUCUAUAUUGAACACAUACUUUUUCCAACCUACACUCAAUGGUUAAAUUAUGUUUAUCCCUAGGCUAAUGACUUCUCCAAAAGCUAAUUGGAGUCAGGAGUCAGCGAACCUGGAGUCCAAUCAAUGAGAUGAGAUUGGAGAUGUUGGUUAGAGCUGCCUAGCCCUAUUAAAAAAAAAAACUCCCACAAUUUGAGUUUGCUGUUCACAAGAACCAUUGCCUUAUGUGAACCAUGCCUUGUUACCAACAUAUCUUUAAAAGCCUUGAUGUUCAUCAGUCCACAGUAAGACAAAUUGUCUAUAAAUGGAGAAGGUUCAACACUGUUGCUACUCUCCCUAGGAGUGGCCGUAAGGGAAAGAUGUCUGCAAGAGCACAGCGCAGAAUGCUCAAUGACGUUAAGAAUCCUAGUGUCAGCUGAAGAAUUACAGAAAUCUCUAGAACACUCUAACAGCUCUGUUGACGAGUCUACGAUACAUAAAACACUAAACAAGAUUGGUUUUCAUGGGAGGACACCAUGGACGAAGAUACUGCUGUCCAAAAAUAACAUUGCUGCACAUGUGAAGUUUGCAAACGUGCACCUGGAUUUUCUACAACGCUACUGGCAAAAUAUUCUGUGGACAGAAAGUUGAGUUGUUUGGUAGGAACACACAAUACUAUGUGUGGAGAAAAAAAGGCACAGCACACCAACUUCAAAAUAUUAUCCCAACUGUAAAGUAUGGUGGAGGGAGCAUCAUGGUUUGGGGCUGCUUUGCUGCCUCAGGGUCUGGGCAGCUUGCUAUCAUUGGCGGAAAAACGAUUUUGUUUUUGCAGGAGAAUGUAAGGCUAUCUGCCAAUUGAAGCUCAACAGAAGUUGGGUGAUGCAACAGGACAACGAAGAAAAUAUGCCUUCUGGAGUGGCCCAGUCAGAGUCCUGACCUCAACCCAAUUGAGAUGCUGAGGCAUGACCUCAGGAGAGCGGUUCACACCAGACAUCCCAAGAAUAUUGCUGAACUGAAACAGUUUUGUAAAGAGGAAUGGUCCAAAAUUCCUCCUGACCAUUGUGCAGGUCUGAUCCGCCACUACAGAAAACGUUCAGUUGAGGUUAUUGCUGCCAAUGGAGGGUCAAGCAGUUAAUAAAUCCAAGGGUUCACAUACUUUUUGCACCCUGCACUGUGAAUGUUUACACGGUGUGUUCAAUAAAGACAUGAAAACGUAUCAUUGUUUGUGUGUUAUUAGUUUAAACAGACGGUCUAUUGUUGUGACUUAGAUGAAGAUCAGAUAAAACUUGACAAAUUUUAUGCAGAAAUCCAGGUAAUUCCGAAGGGUUCACAUACUUUUCUUGCCACUGUAUACACACAGUAUAUUUUUAUAGUAAACACCUUGUGUAGUCACUGUAUUAUGUCAACAUGCUCUUGUUGUGCCUUGAGAGUAUUUAUCUUUUACAUAACGGGAGAUGACGAAGCCUAUCACUAGCCUGGUCCCAGAUCUGUUUGUGCCGUCUUGCCAACUCUUAUUGUCAUAGAGCAAACCAAUCUGGAUCUGGGCUAGAUCUAUCACUGAACAAAGCGAAUUAGAAUGUAAACUUAAAAAAAAAAAAAAAAAUCUAUAUUGGGGGGCGGGUGAAUCUAACUGCUUUUUUUCUUUUUGUAUUUGUCACUUUGCUGUAACAGUUGUUUUUACUUGCUCACUUUAAUCCUAGAAUAUAUUUGCUUAGUUGUUCUCUGGUCUGGAAAAGUCCUGACCUUGUGUUGACUGAGUUUUGAAAGCUGCUGUGUCAUAUUGAAAAUGUUCAAUGUGACACAUGGUGUCAAAAUGAUGUAUGUAACGGUUGUGAUCAUAUAGUAAUACAUGACUAGUUUAUAAUCUAAAUUGUUGGUGCGUUUACCCUGGCUUCCCACUGCCAGGACUGGUAAGGACUCUCUCUCUCUCUCGCUCUCCACAGUGCUGUGAUGCAAUCCGGCUUUGUUAAUGUUUAACCUUUGUCCAUUACUCUCUGAUUUCCAAUUGUUUUGAACGCGGCAGAAGUCAUGCUGGAUUGACAGCAUGGUCAAUGUAUUCAACCUAUUCUAGCCUAUGGUGUUGAAUGUUUAUCUUGGAAAAGAGACCUUUAAACCCUGACUUGGACCACACACCCACUCCAUUGAAUAGCAGGAUAGUGAUUGCUUUGCAACACUUGCAGUUAGCCACUGCUUCCUUCCAAAACACAACUUGUGUAAUGUUUAUGACCAAUGGCCGAUGAGCACCGAUACAAUUUAUCUAUAAUUUAUCCUCAUUGGAUUGAAAAGGAUUUACAAGUAGAUUUGACGUGAUUCAUUAUGAAGACUGAUUGCUAGCUAAGAUUUUGAAAGUAUGACGUUGACAUGAUCAGUCCAAUCAAAGAUAGGAUAGAUAUGACAUCAUUUUAUCUGUGGCUAAUGACCAUGAGCCUUCUUGGAUGGGCACUUCUAUUGUAACUUUAUGGCAGCACCCAAGGGGCUUGAAUUUUUUUACUCUGCCCAUAGUUUUUGCGGUGACGUAGUAUCCCCAUGAGUGACGGAACACUGAGCCAAUCACGGUGUAACUAGAGAACAUUCCCAACCCCUAAGCUCAGUAUUUUCCACCACGACAGAUAGCUGAGCUAGGCUUAAACACCUGCAUUUUGGAGCUGCCUUGCUCAAGGAAGCAAAACAAGAGCAUGUUUGUAUGCAGCUUUAUUAACUCAAUAAUUGUUAGUUUAUACAUUGUUUGCAAACUGAUAUGUGACACAUUAAUGCCCCCCAAAAUAUUUUAUAUAUAAAAUGUGUGUACCAGUCAAAGGUUUGGACACACCGACUCAUUCAAGGGUUUUUCUUGAUUUUUACUAUUUUCUACAUUGUAUAAUAAUAGUGUAGACAUCAAAACUAUGAAAUAACACACAUGGAAUCAUGGAGUAACCCAAAUUUUUUUUAAACCAAUCAAAAUAUAAUUUAUAUUUGAGAUUUUUCAAAGUAGCCACCCUUUGUCUUGACAGCUUUGCACACUUUUGGCAUUCCCUCAACCAGCUUCACCUGGAAGGCUUUUCCAACAGUCUUGAAUGAGUUCCCACAUAUGCUGAGCACGUGUUGGCUGCUUUUCCUGUACUUUUCCUGUACUCUGUGUUAGCCAUGCUGGUUAAGUGUGCCUUGAAUUCUAAAUAAAUCAGUGUUACCAGCAAAACACUA